AUGCCAUUACAAGAAGAUGAUUUCGUGGUUAAGGCCCAUGACGCCUUUGACGAACACAAAUUAGAGCGCAGCUCUACCACAAACACCGACAGAAGAUCAACCGUGUCUUCCAGAUUGCCACCUAACGAGAAAUUCCCAAACGUCGAUGAGAAGAAAGUGCUUAGUAAAAUGGACUGGCACAUUCUUCCUUUCGUUUCUAUUCUUUACUUGUUGGCCUAUCUUGACAGAGGUAAUGUUGGAAAUGCCAAAGUUGAAGGUUUAGCUGAUGAUUUGAAUUUGAAAGGCAAUGAAUACAACAUUUGUCUUACAAUCUUUUUCAUUAGUUACGCGACAUUCGAAGUCCCUUCCAAUGUGAUCCUCAAACUUACCAAGCCUUCCUUAUAUAUCCCAAUUAUCAUGAUUUGCUGGGGGUUGGUCAUGACUUUAAUGGGAAUUGUGCAAAAUUAUAUGGGUCUAUUUUGGGCUCGUUUCUUCCUAGGGGUUGCUGAGGCCGGCCUUUUCCCUGCAGUGGCCUACAAUUUAACUUCUUGGUAUUGCCGUCAUGAAUAUCAAUUACGGGUUUCCUUAUUCUAUUCUGCUGCCAGUAUUGCCGGGGCGUUUUCCGGCAUUUUGGCUUUUGGGAUUUCCAAGAUGGAUGGGGUUGGUGGUCUUGAAGGCUGGCGCUGGAUUUUCAUCCUUGAAGGAAUCUUAACGGUUGUGGUGGCAUUUUUUGCCUUCUAUUUCAUCCACAAUUAUCCCGAUACCGCAAGCUUUCUCACUGAAGAAGAACGUCAAUUUGUCUUAUAUAGACUAGCCCAUGAUAACAACUCCGACACUCUAGAAGGUAUGGAAGAUCACAACUCAAGUUUCUUCGAGGCCGAAGUUAAACAGCAAGGUUGGAAAUAUUUCAAGCAAGCUCUUUUUGAUUGGCAAAUCUAUGGCCACGUUCUUAUUUAUUAUAGUAUCGUUGCUCCAACUUAUGGUGUUUCCUUAUUCCUUCCAACAAUCAUCUUGAAUUUAGGAUAUACUUCGGCACAUGCUCAAUUGAUGUCUAUUCCAAUUUAUGUUUGUGCCUCUAUUAUUUCGGUUAUCACUGCCUAUUGUGCGGAUCGUGUCGGAAAACGAUCUCCAUUCAUCAUUGGCUGUUUGUUGUUAAUGGUGGUAGGAUUCUCUGUGGCCAUUGGAUCUGACCCAGUUACUAAGCCGGGGGCAAUUUAUGCUGGGGUAUUUAUUCUCACUUCAGGUAUGUACGCCGGAUUCCCAUCGGUUAUUGCGUGGCUUGCAAACAACUUGUCCGGGGAUUACAAGAGAGCCAUCGGAAUGGCAAUGCAAAUUGGUCUUGGUAACCUUGGUGGGGCGUUUGGUUCCAAUAUCUACAGAGCCAAAGACAAACCUCAUUUUAUUUUGGGACAUGCAGUUGCUUUGGGUUUCGUAGGGUUGGGGCUUAUUUCCACCACCAUCAUGGCUACUACUUACUAUUUCAUCAAUAGAAAGAGAGAAAGAGAUAUAAUCGAAGGAAAGUACAAACAUUAUUCUGGCAAGCAAUUGGCAGAAAUGGGAGACAAAAAUCCGUACUUCAGAUAUCGUAUUUAA